AUGGCUUCUAGUGAUCAUGUUAUCUUACGUGAUAGAACUCACGUACCCACCAAGAGAAGCCUGUUAGAACUCUCUUCACAAGAUGCAUUGUUGGCACAAAAUAAGUUGUUAGCUAAGCAGCUUGAAUCACUCACCGAGACACUCAGCAAGUUAACAACACAGUUACAAGCGGCUCAGCCCUCUCAUUCUGUUGUUAUGCAAGUUGGAGGUUGUAGUAUUUGUGGAGGAGCUCAUGAAUCUAACUGUUGUAUACCCCAAGAUGAUGCUGCUAAAAAAGUAAAUUACAUGGGGAAUCAAAACAGGCAAGGAUUUCAUUCAGGAGGUUUUUCAGGUUACCAGCAAGGAGAGAAUUUCAAUCAAAAUCAAGGGCAAGGAUGGAGGUCACACCCAGGGAAUCAGUUCAACAAAGAUCAAGGAGGACCUUCCAAUAGACCUCCUAAUCAAGGGCCUAACUUGUACGAGAGGACCACCAAGCUGGAAGAAACUUUGGCUCAGUUUAUGCAGAUUUCAAUGUCUAAUCAUAAGAGCACAAAGUCAGCCAUCAAGAACCUAGAGAUCCAAGUGGGGCAGCUAGCUAAAGAAAUAACUGAGAAUUCUUCUGGAGGUUUUGGAGCUAAUACUAAGAAAAAUCCCAAGGAAGAAUGCAAGGUUGUCAUAACUACAAGCAAGAGGGAGACCAUUGUGGACAAUGAGUGUAGGACCAAUGAGGAGAAAGAAGAAGCCUUGCAACAGAUGUCGCUCUACUCCAAAUUUCUCAAAGAUCUGCUGACCAAGAAAGGCAAAUAUAUCCACAGUGACAACAUUGUGGUGGAAGGAAAUUGUAGUGCUGUCAUCCAGAGGUUCCUUCCACCAAAAUAUAAGGAUCCAGGGAGUGUUACCAUCCCUUGCUCAAUUGGUGCUGUGUCAGUUGGAAAAACGCUUAUUAAUUUAGGGGCUAGCAUUAAUUUAAUGCCCCUAUCCAUGUGCAGAAGGAUAGGAGAGCUGGAAAUCCUACCAACAAGAAUGACACUACAGUUAGCGGAUCGCUCAAUCACGAGGCCAUAUGGUGUAAUGGAGGAUGUGUUGGUCAAAGUGUGUCAAUUCACUUUCCCUACAGAUUUUGUAAUUAUGGAUAUUGAGGAGGACGCUGAGAUUCCACUGAUUUUAGGUCGUCCAUUCAUAUUGAUAGCCAAUUAUGUGGUUGAUAUGGGCAAGGGUAAUCUUGAGAUGAGUGUGGAUGACUAG